GUGAGUGAUCCAGUCAGUCAGUGAAGAAAAGAAAACUACCGCAGCGAGCAAAAUCUAACGGGAGCCGAAAAUCGACCAAAUUUUAAUUAAAUCAUCCAAUUGGUAUUUUUUCCCCACAAUCAUGGAGCAAGUGCUGCAGAGUUCGCUGAUUUCGGCCGCCGUCCAGCUGGAGAAACAACUGGACAGCGAACUUUCCCGACUGGACAGCUUGGGUGGAGAGGAUCUGGAGAAGCUGCGCGAACAAAGAAUCAAAGAGCUAAAGAAACAGGCCUCCCAACGGCAGGAGUGGAAGAAUAAUGGUCACGGCGAAUACAGCGAGCUGGCGGACGAGAAAGAGUUCUUCGAGGUGAGCAAAAAAUCUGCCAACAUUGUGUGCCACUUCUAUCGGGAUUCGACGCCCCGCUGUCGGAUCGUCGAUAUGCAUCUGAAGAUUCUGGCUUCCAAACAUGUCGAGGCCAAAUUUUGCAAAGUGAAUGCGGAAAAGUGUCCCUUCCUGACGCAGCGGUUGAGGAUCAAAGUCAUCCCCAGCAUAGCACUGAUCAAAGACAGCAAAACGAAGGACUACAUCGUCGGAUUUUCAGAUUUGGGCAACUGUGACGAUUUCAGCACCGAGAUGCUCGAGUGGCGCAUCGCACAGUCCGGUUCGAUUGAGUAUAGUGGUGACCUCCUGACGCCUCCCGAUGACAAGAAGAAGAAGAAGGCCUCCACUUACAGCGCAAAAAAGACGAUUCGUGGUGGGUACGACUCGGACGAUUCCGAUAUCGAUUUCGAUGAUUAAUCAUCCAAAAAGAAGGUAACCAUUCAAAAACUGCUCUGGUAGCAAACAUCAACAGGAACUAAAACAGACAAAAAUCGAUCGACAUCGCGAUAGAUGAACCUUUUCUAGUAUUUAGGCAUUAUUAUAUUGUAGUAUUUAAGGAUCUCCUCCUGAGGAAGCGCGACACAACUUACACACCCUCAUCAAAAUCACUCAAAGCAGCCAGCAAUGCAAAAUCUCCUUUUGGCAAUUUAUCAAAUCUACAUUGACGUGCUAUGUGUAGUCCGUCGGCCUGUGUAUGUUUACUGUUCUAGCUUGUUUAUAUGUUUCUACUGCGUGUUUUAGUGCUACCAACAAACCAAAAAAAAAUUAACGAUUAUACUUUAUUGCGCCAAAAUCAAAAUUAUAGAUAAUACUUUCUGCUUUAUGUCCAGAACCAGUGUGAUUUUGAUGUCCCUGCUGUAUAUCCCCUCCAAUUCUCUACCUCUUAAGUGUUCGUCCUUUCUGUUAAAAGUAAACAAACGUGAUAGAGACGAGAAAACAUGAAGCGACAAUUGCUUGAGUGGAAAAAAAAACCAAUUGAGUUUUGCAAAACGAGUAGAAAACAAACCUGCUUUGAGGGUAAGUUUAAAAAAAAUGCACACCGCAUUAACAAUGUUCAACCAAUUGACAAGCGAACUUAGUAGUGAUAUUAGAGAACCGCGUUCGAAUAAAAAAAAACACUCAACAUAACCUGCUAGGAAAAUAUUUCGAUUUACCUACUCUGAAAAAAACAUAGUUUAGGUCUAUCAACUUGAACUAGAAGCAAAUCUACAAACGAAAUUGACAUUUUAACCGACUACCCAGCAACUCAAUCACUUAUUAUUCAGCUCUUCGCAA